UUAUAUUUCUCCCGUGUCUUUAGUUGAAAGCCCAAGACAUGUCGUGACGAUAUUUUACAUGGUGAUAGAAAAUGACGUUGCUUUCCUUUGGAAAACAUAGAUGUGUCAUACACUAGGUGUUUCAAACGAAAAAAAACACAAAACACAUCAUUGUUUGCUCCUUAAAGUCAACUAUGCUCUGCACACGUAGUGAACUCGCUAUAGAAUCGCUUUUAGAAUCGAAACCAAUUUACAUCUGCAGGAUCUAGACAAAAAUGAACUCAUCAAUGCAAUAAACCGCAUUGUGGCAAAAACUCAAAAAUGGUGUUUACGGUUUUGAGAAAAAAUUUGUACGCUAAGCCCUGUGAGAGGCUGCGAUUUGUGUCCAAGAAAUGACUUGAAAUUGCGCUGUAUGAGCCAAAUAUUUAUCUUUAUCUCACCUGUCCUGCUGGUGGGUGAUCAAUUAUUAAAACGCUUUAGCAGCACAUUUGUAUACCUUUUGCGCGUUACUAUACUUACUGAAGUUCGACGCACUUUUGCGUGAUCGGCUAUACUGGUUUUAACAUCACUCAUGGCAGAUGGAUUCCUUUCCAAUCAGGAUUUGUUACCCUAGAAAGAGCUAAGCAAGGCUGUCGAACGAAAUAGUUCUUGAGGAUAUACUUAGUUUUGCGGGUGAAACUGAAAUUUUUUUCUUGCAAACAUGGAGGAGUUUGAGGCGUCCUGUGGAACUGCCGCAGAAACUCUCGCCAAGGAAUUUGCUAAGGAAAAAAAUGACAUUAUUUGCGGUUUUCUCAAGGAGAAAGAAGUAAUUGAACUGAUGCACAGGGAAGAAAUGAAUGACCUAGUUGAAAAAUUUGAGGAGGAAAAAGAAUAUCUGCGACAUGAAUUUGAAUUAGAAAAAGAAGACCUGUUGCAAGGAUUUCAAAAACAGCAGGUGGAAAAGACAAACGAGUUUCAACGCGAGCGAGAAAAAAUUGAAACAAAACAAGCCAAGGAUCGCCGAUCGUUUGAAAGGACUGUAGAAAUGAAAUACAAAGAUGAGAAGCUUAAAAUGAGACAAGAGUACGAGGAGGUUAUCGCGGAAAAAAACGAAGAAAUAAAAAUACUGCGACGAGAAUUGCUGCGCGUACAGCAUCAAGGAGACGGUUUAACCAGAUCCUCGCCAGACGAUGGUAUUUAUAUUAAACGAAUCGAACACGAAGAUGAGUUAAGGCGCGCCAGCAAUAACUUUGAAAUUGAAAAGCUAGAACUUGAGAGAAAAUGUGAUCGAGAGAAAGCGAAGAUUGUGCAGGUUUUUGCGAAUCAGGCUGAACGAAUGAAUGCAAACUUUGAUGAAGAGAAACAGAGAAUGCAACAAGAUCAUCAAAAGGAAUUGGAGUUUAAACUAGAAGUAACGGAAAGAUUGCUCGCUGAGAAAAGUGAUCUUGAAAGAAUGAGAAUGAUCCAACAAUUUGAGCGCGAAAUAACCGAGCUAAAGGAGAGUUUAGAGAUUGGUUUCAAAGAGAGGCUUCUUGAGAAACAAGAAGCUAUUGAUGAACUUGAAAAAGAAAAAGAGGCAUUGCUUAAUGCAUUGCACACUGAGAGGUUUAGUUUAGCCCAAGUUUAUAACCGUGAAAUUUCGUUGCUUACAAAUCCAGAUCGGGUAACCAAAGAAGACGUGGAGGUUGCUCUCAUCGACGAAAUUGCAAAAUUGAAACAGGAACAUGAUAAAGCGUUGAUUGAGAUGGAUGGACAACAUAAACAGAAGAUUGAGGUGAUUAAGCGGGGACAGCAACCUACAAAGGAACUGGAACUCAAACAUCGCAACGAAAUCGAGAGACUGAAAAAGGAAUUCGAGACAGAGAAAGAAAGUCUGGAAGCAGAAUUCAGAAAUGAGCAAUUCAACUUGUUGAAGAGUUUCGAGUUUGAAAGAAAUGACUUGGACCAACGAUAUGAAGAAAUUAUCAACGAGAAGGAAAUGGAAAUUCAACAGAAGAAAGAAGACAUGCGACUAUUGUACGAGGGAGAGCUUGAUGAGCUUAAAUCAAUAGUAGAAAAACAACGGGAAGAGCUGGAGGUCUCCAAACAGAAACUGGGCGACUUGGCUUGUGAAAUGGAAGAGUUUGUUAGUGAGAAGAGCAGGAUUGAAGAGCGAUUGCACAAGGAGAACAAUCAAAGCCAAAACCUAGAGCAGAAGAUAGAUAAAAAUCUCCAAACCUACGAGAAAAAUUUGAAGGAAGCAGAAGCAUUGCAUCAGCAGGAAAUCUCUAAGAAAGAAAAGGAAUUUACGAGAGAGAAAAAUGAACUAAAGAAACGACUGGAAAAUGAAAAGCUGAAUUUGCAAAAGGAAAACGAAACGCUCAAAUUAAAGCUGGAAGAGAUCCAACUGGCACCAGAAAACGCAUUUCUCACAAGCAGUGAGAACAUUCUAGAAAGUGAUCUUGUUGGAAACAGUGCAUCAGAUGAAGAACGCAGCCCUGCAAUGGGGAAAGAGAAAUCAGAACACGUAGGGAAAAAGAGCCCAUUGCAAGAAAAAGAAGGGCAAAAAGUCCUAGCGGAUAAACAACAAAGAGUCGAACGCCUAUUGGAGAAGACAGAAGGCAAAGAAGAAGGACGCGUUCAGAGUAACACAAUGGACGACGUAAAUGCGUUUCUUCACAAAAUCAGGGAAAACUUGAGGAAUUGCAUCCCCAAUGAGGAAAAGAAUGACACCUUGAAAGAUCUUCAAAUGCGCAAUAAGCGCAUGAAGGACGCAAUCAACCAGACGAUAAUGGAGAUUGACAAUCUGUGCGCUGGCAAGGAUGAGCAUGAAGUUGCCUCGCUGAGGGAUGACCAACCAAAGUUUUCUAUUGAAGAUCAGCUUGUUGCUCUGGAGAACGUUUUGGACGAAGGCGACUUCUGCGGGAGAAGUGAAAAAUCUGGUAAAGAUCAAUUGAACGAGAAGUUGAAAAAUAUUUUCAAAAAUGCGCACAGAUGUCAUGAGGUGGAAAAGUUAAAGUUAAAAAAAGAGCACCAAGAAGAAAUCAAGAAGCUGCUGAAAGAGGUUGCCGAUGAAAAGAGAGCGAGAGUACAAGACUCUUUGGAGACUUUGAGAUGCCUUCAACAGCUAGACCCUAGUGGGGAUCAGUUUCAGAAUUAUGAUGCGUUGAAACCGCCAACUGAAGAAAAAGGUACAUCAACAGAUGAUCUUGAUUGCAGGAAGGACAUAAGCAGCCCUAAUGGAAAGACAAGGACUGGUAGAGAAAACCGUAAAACUCCUUCAGACAUCGAGGAAGAGCUGAGACGAGAGAAAGAAGAUAUGAGACGUUCAAUUGUUGAAUUGGAGAAGAGUUUCAUGAAAGAAAAGGAAGAGCUCAUGGAAAAACUCCAGACACAGCACAAGGAGUUUGUGAUGAGCGCUGAUGGGGAGAUAAUUGAAAAUCUCCUAAAGCAAAAGUCCACUUUAGAAGAGGCGUUCAAUCUCGAACGAUUCUAUUUAAGCAGACUUUAUUACCUGGAAAUGAAAGAAGAACUGGAGGAUAUUCUUUGUCGCAAGAAAGAAAAAAUGAAAAGAGACUUCGAGCGCGACAAGAUGGACACUGUCUUAAAAUACAAAAGUGAAAUUGCAGACUUGCACAGCUUGCUUGCCGAGAAAGGAGAAAUGGAACUCAGGCUGCUGCAAGACAGAAAUGACACCAUGCAAAAGCUACUAGCCAGCCAAAAACGAAAGAGCCCUGAGAGAGGAGGUAAAGCUGGAGAUAAAAGGAACAAAAAAGAACGACUUGAAAGAGAAAAAGAAAAACUCGAGGAUAAAAUUCCUCUUAAGAAAGAAAUAGCUGAGUUACAGAAGAAAAGGCAACAAGAACAUGAAGUAGCCGUUGCUAAUCUUAAAGAAGCCUUCGAUCUUAUAAAAGAGAUGAUGUCCAGCCCGGCAUCAUUCCCACGUGAAGACGAGCAACAACUUGACCGAUAUAGUUUUGUUAGCGAGGAUCCGCUUACUUCGCCUGUUAACUCGCCUAAAGAUAAAACAAGUGAGAGAAGUAUCAAACCAGCUAAACAACUUCUUUUAUCUGAAGACGACAUCUGCAGCAAGGAUGAGUUAAAGGCCGCUUUAGAAAACCUCAUAGAACAAGUUCUGAACGAUGACGAAGAUUCAGUUUAUGACUCGGAGACAACCUCUGGUGCGAGUUCAGAUCUGGAGUCAGACGAUUCAGGUCCUACGACCGUGAACGGAGAAAGCGACGAAGGAGCGUAUUCCGGGCCUGAAUCGAGCGAAGGUGAUACAUUACACAUCAAGAAAGCCGAACUGGAUUUUGCCUUUAAUCUCGAGAGGUUCAACCUUGGAAGAGUCUAUUAUGGAGAAUACAGAGACAGCUUGAGGAAGGCCAUGAAGAAACUAGCCAAGGCCAAGGACUCUCUCCGUAAUAAGAGAAAGGACCUGGAAAAUGACAUGCUUAGUGGGAUCCAAAAGCUCGUCGAGAGAACUCAAUUUGGUGACAGACAAUUAUCCAAAAGAGGCCCAGGUGCACAAACCCCUGAAGGGGAACAGGCAGUCAUCACUGAUCACGAGGACAGGACAGAGGACGACAUUGAUGGUAGACAACUUACAGAAAGCAACAAGGAAGACGAUGAGUUAAUAGAGAAUUCCCAUGGCGACAUAGAAAACGACGAGACAGAAAAGAAGAAAGACAAUUUUCAAGUGAAAAUUCCCGAAGAAACACUUGAACAACCAUGUUUACCUGAAGAUGAAAGUCCAAAAGCUGUAAAGGAAGUAAUCGAAGAUAAACCCCCGGAUGAAGUCAUCUUGAAUAAGGAGAACAACCAAGAUCGUCAUCGUGAUGAAAAUUACGACGAAAACGCUACUAUUGCUCACAAAAACGAAACAGAAACUGAAUCAGAAAGUGACUCAGGUAUAACUGAGGGAAACGAAGACAGCCAAGCUAGGCUGUUAAAAGAGCCUGGAUUACUUGAAGAAAAAGUUAAUGAAGAACGUAUGACAGAGCAAAGGGACAAUAUUUCUCCAUCUCUCGAGACUACUGGAAGUCAAGGGCUGAAAUACGAUAAGGAGAAAGAACCCGAUUCAGGGGCCGAGAUAACACCCAAAGAUAAAUCGUCUGAAAAGCCGGUUUCCAAAGACGACAAAUUAACCAUAGGGGAUAAAGGAGAGGUUUCCCGAGAAAAGAAAAGUGAGGAAGAAGAUACCAAUGCAGAUCAACUUGCCAAAGAGGUUAUUCUGGCGGAAAGAGAGCAUGCAAAUGGGACACAUUUAGAACCAGAGGUCAAAGUCAGGGAUGAGUCCUUUGAAAAACCAGCUCAAGAGGACAACGGGGGAAAUAAAGGCGACGAAGAGCCCAUUCUAGCGGAAAAAGAGAAUUUAGGUGACAUUGACGGAGAAAGUUCAGGGCCAGAGAUCAAAGUCAAAGAUCCUUCUGAUGAAAAGCCAUUGAAUAAGAAACCUGAGAGGCCCACGGAAGAAAGAGGAGAGGCUUCCCAGGGCAAUAAAGGCGUGGACGAAGAUGUCGGCGAAAGACAAGAGAUCAUAGAAGAAGAGAUCAAAGCGGAGAUUAACGCCAAAGUUGCAACUUUUGAGGAACCUUUUACCCAGAGCAGCGAGAGACCCACGGAAGACAGGGAAUGUAUUCAGGAAUAUCAAGACUCGGAAAAAUUAGACAGCGAAGAACAGUCUGCGAACGUAGACAUUUUAACGGAAGCAAAAGGUGAAGACCAUCUUAAUGGAACAACAGAAGACGAAAGGAUCUCUGCUGAAAAGAAAAGCAAAGACAGAGACGCAAUGGGAGUGAACGCUGGCGAGGAUACGAAAGUAUUAGACACUGAAUUUGAAGUUACAGAAAAAGAGGAACAGUCUGUCAUUGAUAAAGAAGACGAAAGUCAUACACCACUGGAUGAAAAAUGGGUCGCUUCUGAUCAUGAAGGGGAAUGUAGAGAAGACGAGAAAACAAGUAAGGACGAUAAAACUGAGGACCAUGCUGAAGAGCUGGACGGCGAGUCUGAAUUGGGAAACCCCAAUGAGUUAAAAAUGAAAAUUGAACCUUCUGACAUGUUGACCAAAGAAGGUGAGAUCGUCAAGAAGAAUGACACCCCAGAACAUGAUAGACUUUCUGAAAGGUCAAACACCCAAUCCCAAGCAACAGACGAGGAGUUUGAGAACCUUCAUCGCCAAGGUAGCACAUCGCCUGUUAGCGACCAAGAUCUUAUUAAACAGCUAAACAGGAAUAACAAGAUACUUCAAGAUAAGUUCAAUCUACUGCGAGAAUUAGUAGGCAAAGGAUUUGUGGAUGAAAUUCCAGAACUAAGCGACGAGAAAGAUAAAGAAGAAAACUUGGUAGCGCUAGAAAGUCUGUAUAAUCUAUAUGCAGAAAAGGAACAACUUACAGAUGACUUAAAGCAAGUGGACGCACAGAUUAAGGAGCUCUCUGAAGCAGGAGAUGACAACCUUAGGGAUCUCAACAGGCGGCUGGAUGACGAGGAAAUGAGGCUCUUGCAUUCACUGGGAGAAAUUGACAAAAGUCUUAAAAUGAAUGAAGAUGAAAAGCUAACAGAACACCUUUUAAAGGAAAAAGAAGAUGUAUGUAUGAAGCUGGACGAAAUUAACAAUCUGCUAAACGAGCAGAAAGGAGUAAUGGUAGAGCCAGGAAGCAGCGACUCCCAUACUGUUCCUAGACUCAUGUGUAAGAAGGAUGUAAUAAAGGAUGAUCUAUACGAAAAAGCAAGACAGCUUAACUACAAAGCAAAGAUGUUGGAAAAAGCAACAGACGAAUCUGGGAAAGAAAAAGAGAAAUUGAAAAACUCGUUAAACAGCUUGACAGCUCAACUUGCAGCUUUAGAGGACGGCUUGCAGGAAAGUGACAACGAUGCUUAUCCAGCAAAGAGCAGUAAAGAACUACCACCUGAAACCACGUCUUUGGUCAAAAGUAAAAAAGACGCCGAGAAUCAGAGAGCAAAGUUAGAAAGGGAAAUCAAGAGAGCAGAGAGUGAUAUUGGGAGAUGCGGCAGGAUAUUGGAAAGACAAAGAAAUAGGUUACAGCCCUUUAAGAGAAAAAGAACACGCAUCCAAGACUCCCUCGACUGGGUCAAUUCAACAGUGAGUAAUGAGGGCGAACAAGUUUCAAAACAAAACAGAGACUACGUGAAAGACGGUGUUGAAGCAUCUGAUCAAAGUAAAACUGAGGCUCAGUUAGUGGACAAGGAUAACGUUUCAGAUAACAAUGACGCUGAAAGUGAAAGACAUGGAGUAAUCGACGCGAAAAUUGAAGAACUGGACUUUGCGAUCAGCAGCCUCAAAUUACCUCGCGAGCUUGAGAAAGAAAUCAUUGAAGGAAUUCCCCCAGCUGACAUACUGGGUAUCGUCAAUCGUGUUAAGCCGCAUACCGAGGAGGACUUAAAAUGCCUGGAAGAAAAAAUACUCCACGAACAAGACAAACUAAGAGAGGCCGGUUUCAUUCAUCCCACGAAACUAAUUGAAGAUUUGGAAGAAAAAGAAAAUUUGACAAACGAAAUUGAGGAACUGAAUAAUUACCAAUCACGUGUGGACGGAUUCAGAGAUGAAGAGGACUACCCUUUUGUUGAACAACUGGAAAACUUAAUCUUCAAGAAGGAAAGCUUAGAAGAAAAGAUUUCCAAGCUGGACGGUGAAAUCUGUAAUGAACAGCGCAAUUUUCUUGAUGCCCGACAAUUCACGAUAACUGGAUAUGUAAACACAGAAUCAGAAUCAAAUAUCAAGGGGCUUCUUGACACUAAAGGAAAGUUAGUGAUAGGCCUACAAGAUACCAACGAGAAGAUUCUACAGAGUCUCAGUGCAGGUGGUUUAAAAGGAUCGCAGUCUGAAUUUAUAGAGGAAUGCGUUGAAAGAAAGGUGAAACUUGAAGAAGAAAUAGAGAAACUACAGGAUAAAAUAGACGAGGAAACAAUGAGAGCGGCUGAGAUGCUGGCAGAUCUUCUGAAACAGAAAUGUGCAAUCAAUGAAGAGCUGAGAAACACUAAAGAAAAUGCAAUAGAAGAAGUAAAGAGGUUGCAGGGAGAAGAUUCUUGUAAUGCAAACAUUCCAAAAGAAAUGAAUGAGCCUCUUAAGCAAGCCCUUCUUACUGAGGAAUCGGAGACCAAGUCCGCUGAUCUUCAAGAAAGACAAGUACUGUGUCAGAGACAAAGAGAGAUGGAAGAAAUUAUCAAGGAAAAAGCAGAAAGUUUAAGACAAGCUAAACGACUGAAGCACGAUCUAGAUGAGGUGGAAGGUUCUCUUGAACAGGUCAUCAGAGAAAAGAUACCUGUAGAUAAAGAACUUCAAAAAAUUGGUGAACACGAGUAUGAAAGCAGAGGAACAAGACUUCCUUUAUCGUUUGCAAGCAAAAAACAGAAAGAAGAAGGAACCGAAGCGAAGAAACUGGAACAUGAACCAAUUAUGGACGGAGACGCACUCGAUAAGUUAAUCGGAGAUUAUACAUUGGUAGACACAUCAAGUCAAGAGCCUCUUAAAGAUGACAAUAAUGUUAGUGAAACUACACUUUCUUUGACUGCAACCCAUGAAAAGGAUGAGACAGACAAAGGUUCGGAACAAUCGGAAGAAAACUUGGAGGACAAACGUCGAGAACUGAAAAACAACCUACGUCAAACUGAGAAUCGCCUAAACAAUAUGUUACAGGUCUCUAGACCCUCUGACGAGUUAGAGAAAUAUGACCUAGAAAAGCUGAAAUCUCUGAUUGCUGAAAAAGUAAAGCUGAAAGAAGAGCUACGGCAAACAAAGUUAUUAGAAGACCUGUUGAACAAGAAGGAAACGUUAUUACAGGAACAACUUUGUGGAAAGGACGCUUGGAAAGACCACUGGGAGAGGAAAGGAAAACUCGAAGGUGAGCUGAAGAAAUUGAAUGAGUUAGUUGAUCGUAGAGAAAACGAAAUGCUGGAGAUGGAAGCGAAAAGGGCAGAUAAGGAAAAAAGAUUAAAUGAGCUACACAGCGACAAAGAAACACUUGACGCAAAAAUACAAAUUUUAAAAGAACAAAUCGACGGGGAAAGACGAGUAGUUGAGGCCAGCUUAGAGGAAUUAAACACAACCAUCAGUGAACACGAGAAAUUUUCUAGCGAAGAAGAGCAGGCACUUAAACAAGAAUUGCAGGUCUUGCAGGAUGAGAUUGAAUUAUGCAGAAAAGAGGCAGAAGAAGUGGAACGAGAGUUAAAUGCUCUCAAGGAGGAAAAUCGCCAAGGAAAAGCUGCCAUUCCUGGAGAUGCACUGAACCUUGAGAAGUUGCUAAUUGAAAAAGAGAAUUUAAGAGAGUACUUAGCUGAAAUCGACGUGACACUUGAUAGUAGUCAAACCGAUGCUAUCAAGCAAGCAGCUCCCACUAACAUUGAAGAAUUACGGACUCAAAAGAAGGAAGUUGAAAUUAAGCUGGAAGAAAUACGAGAGGAAAGAACAAAGUUGGACGUAGAAUUUGAAGAUGAAGAGAUGGAUGAAGUGAUGAUGGAGUUAGCUAAACUAAAAAACGAACUAGAAGAAAGAAGACGAGAUGUCUCCGAACAAAUACGUGGCUCGGGAGUAGUAGGCAGACUGGCGGAGAAAAGGGAACAACGAGAAAGUAAAAUGCCACGUUAUUAUAUCGCAGGAAUUUUAGAUGAAAUGACAAGAGAUGAAAAGACACUGACUGAGUUGAUAAAGGAGCAAGAGGACAUAAAAGCUGCCUCUCAAAGACAAAGGGAACGUCUGGAAGAUAUGGUUGACUUGGUGAAGUCCAAAGUUGGUGACGAUCUUUUUAACGUUAUAACAUCAAUCGGGCCUGAGGACAUUCAACCAGACGAAGGAACUGAAUACCGACCAGGUAUAGACGAAAUACAAGGUAAUGAGGCAACCAUCAGUGACAUACUCAAUGAUCUUAGCGCCGAAAAUGAAGAACUAAGACACAUGAAUGGUGAACUCAGUUCAGAUUUGGAAACGCUCAAGGAGAAAAUUGGAGAGGAACUGGUUGAAGCACUGCUGAAGCAAAAUCAGCCAGAGAACGAGUUGGAAUUUAGAGACGUUAUAGUCGCUGUUCAGGACAACGAGGAGACGCUGGCAAGCUUAUUACGGAAACAAAAGGGAGAAAUGGACUUAAUUAAUGAUAUGCUUGGACAAGACCUCUUAGGUGCUGUUUUAAGGACAGACGACCCACUUGACACGAGCAAUCAUGCAGGUUCCGCUUUGGAACUUAUGGCUCCCACCAUAAUGAAAACAUACGACGAAGAUCUCCAACAUGUGAUUGCCGUGUACGAAAAAGUGCUGGAUAAUCUUUCACAAGAAAACGACCUGCUGAAAGAAAAGCUGGGCAAAGAUCUCUCUCGAGCACUUCUACAAAUGAGCAAACUACCAGAACCUCAGGUGGGCAUACACAACAAAGAACAGAAUCCGCAUAGUCCAUUUAGCACACAAGAUAGAAAGAGAGGUCUUGAUGAAGUACAGUUUGACGGGAAACCUCUCUCAACAGCCGUCAGAAUCAGUGGCAACUCUCCAUCUUUUGUUGAAGGGCCUGUGCUCCCAUUUCAAGAAACCUCAGACAGGGUUUCUAAACUUGCUGCAGGUGGUGACACCGGUAGUGAUACAGAAAGGACGGCGAAGGAAAGCAUAGGAAGUCACGAUGUUCCGGAGCUCGAGACAUUAGAAAUUAAAGAACCUGAGAGACAGCAAAACCAGCAAGUGGAAGACAUAGAUCACUUUAAUGUUACAGACACUCGACUAGAAAAAGGGAAUGCACCAUCCAUGAAACAGUCUAACAUCGGUCCCAGACUCAGUAACAUUGUUGAAUCACAUUUUGGUUCUCCAUUGGAGAAAAGCUCAUCCGAGAUUUCCGAUGAAGAGGAAGGAAUGGCGAAGGGAUCCUUAAAGGCGCCGACAAUAAUGAGACACAGUGGUAAUACACUUGAGGAGGUCAUCGCUAAGUACGAAAACGACCUUAAAAGACCUGCAAACGAAAGAACAGGCGGUGAUGAUAGGUCUCUCGAUGGCAUUCCUGAAGAAGAAGAAACGAUUCAAGGUAUUCUUAAAGCCCAAGAGAAGAACAGUGAAAUGCUGCGUCUCCUGAAAGAGAGACUUGGAGAGGAUUUAGUCUAUGCCUUGAUUGAAGAGAGAGAAGGAGAUCACUUAGAUGAUCCAACGACCGAUGACGUCCCAGCCAGAGAAAGAGAAAAAUAUCUGAUAAAAUCGGAUACUGGAGGCCCUGUCGAGUCAAAGGAGGGUGACAAAAGAAAAGCUGAGGAAAAAUCACUAUUGACACAAAGGAGCGAGCCAGUCAAGGAACACACGUCCCCUGAAGCAGAAGAAAAGGAAGAUCUGAGUAAUGAAUUUUUACCAAUGACAAAGCCUGCAAUCAUAAUGGAUGACGAAAGCGACUCAGGACAGAGAAACCUUCCUGAAGAAGAUAUCGCAAAUAAAAGAAUAUUAAAGGCACCAAGUAUCGCUAUUGAAAAUAACAAAACUCUUGCUGAUGUCAUAGCGUUUUACGAAAAUGGACUUGAUUCGUUGCAGUCUAAACUAGGACCGUCCUUGACAAAUACGCUGCUAUCUAUGGAAAACCUAACCACCGGCGAAAUUGAAGAUAGUGACCACAGAACGAGAGAGACACCUACAAAGGAAUUAGAAGAAGAAGCACCAAGCAAAAAGGAGCAAGGAAAAGCUGACGACGAAGACAAUGAUGUGAAAAGUGAUAACGAGGUAACAAAUGCCCAAGACAAAAUGGUAGACCUAGUCAGCGUUGAGGAAAACUACCCAGCAAAAGAAUUAAGAGCUCCCGAUAUCAUGGCAACAAGUGGAAAGACUCUUGAAGAAGUGAUAGAAGAUUACGAAGAAAGAAUUAACGAAGAGCUUAACAACCUUGAGAAGGAAGUCAGUCUCUUAAAGGAAAAACUUGGUAAAGACCUUUUCUAUACUCUUCUCCCGCAACCAAACAUCGAAGUAGAGCCAUGCCAAACAGAGGAAAUAAUAGACCAGCAAUACCCUGAAGAACCCGACCGGGAAUCAUUUUCAAUGGUAGAAGGGAUUUCUAUAGCAGACGAUUUAAAAGCAAAAUCGCUAUUACGAGACGACGGCAAUACUGUAGAGAAUAUCUUAAGAAAGUACGAAAGACAGCUCGAGGAACUCGCAAAGUUAGUUCCAAAUGAAAAUAACGAAGGCAUCUCGAUUUUAGACCUGACAUCGAAUUACGAAGACAAGCUGGCGGAUUUGAAAAACGAAAACAAGGCAUUCGCGGACCGUUUGAAAAACCUAACGGAAAUCAUAGGCCCCGAUCUUCUAAACAAGUUAGAAAAUAUGGAACAUAAAGACAGCAGUGAAAACGAUGAGGGUAUUGAUGGCGUCGGGGAAGAUGGUAUAAAGGUGCCUGAGACAAUGCAAAAGGAGGGCAAGUCACUUGAGAAGGUUGUAAGGAAUUAUGAAAAAGAACUAGAAGUUUUAAGGGAUAUGCUUCCAAACCAAGGUGAAGAAAACAAUUCUAUUUCAGAUAUAAUUAACGACUACGAAGACAAAAUCGACGAUCUUGAAAACAGAAACAAGAGUCUUCAAAACGAACACGACAGACUUGUCAGUAAAAUUGGCAGUGACCUUGUUGACGAUAUUGAGACGUUACUGUUGGAUGACAAAGAGUCUGAUGGAGACAUCAUCCAUGCCUCAGAUAGCAAUUUUUCUACAAAACAAGCAACAUCCAAAUCCAAAAAUGAAGGUCGAUUUAACGCCCCAGAAAUUAUGAGAAGAGACGAUUCAACACUUGAAGACGUAUUGGAAACAUAUGAGAAAGCACUAGGGCUGCUCCCUCGCCAAGCCGCUCCUCCAGAUGACAGCUUUGUUGACGGCACGAUUCACACGUUUGACGGCAUAAUGAGAGAGAAUAAGAUUUUGAAAGACGCCCUUGGUGAGAGUUUAACAACAGACCUUAUAGCAACAGCAGAGGCAACUCCACCAGUGUCGGGAGAUAUAAAUCCAAUAUUCUAUUUACAGGACACAUCAAAGGAAGGUGGUGAGACAGGAGAAUUAAACGGUCAGUCUGAAGAGAAAAAUGAAGUGGCGGCUAAAACUGAAGAAAACAUGGAACAGCCAAGUCAACAAGACCCUAAGGAUGGUAUGGCCAUUUGUCCUGAUGUUAGUAAACUGGAAGCCGAGGAACCUGUAAAAGAUGCAAAAGAAACGAUCGAAAGUAUCCUCAAAAACUACGAGAAGGAGCCUGAAGCACUACGCAAAUUAAUUCCUAGUGAGACAAGUGAAGGAGUUCCAGUGUCCGAUCUGGUAAAAGAGUACGAAGGUAGGAUUGAAAAAUUAGAAAAGGAAAAGGACACUUUGUUGAAGAUGCUAAAUGACCUUGAGAAAAACAUUGGGCCCGGUCUUAUGGACGAAAUGCAAACUUUUAACACCACGAAUAAAGAGUCUGGCAGCGAUCAUUUGGAUGGCAAGAUACCUUUUGAUCUCCACGCUCCUAUUUUAAUGGAAAUUGAAAACAAGACACUGGAAAGCGUUAUAAAACGUUAUGAAAAUGAAUUGGAUGCCCUUCGAAAGUUGGUACCACACCAAGGUGAAGGGGAAGAGGCAGACGCAAUCUCAGAUAUCAUAAAAGACUAUGAAGACAGACUUGAAGACCUUGCUGACAAAAACAAAAUGCUUAAGGAUGAGUUAUGUGGACUUGAGAAGACAAUUGGUCACGGCCUAGUCACAGAUCUCAGGAAAUUGGCAGAGAGCAAAGCUGAGGCGAAGGGGAGUGUGAGCGAGACAGAAGAGAACGGGAAUACCAGCGCAAUGAAAAUAAAAAGAACGCUCAAAGCUCCUAAGAUAAUGGACGAAAGGAGUUUGCCACUAGAAGAUAUCGUGGCAACAUACGAACAAGAUCUUUUUAAUCUGGAGAGAGAAAACAAUGUCUAUAAGGACGGUCUUGGCCAAGGCCUCGCUUUAGCUUUAAUGCAACUGGCGAAGGACAGAGGUAGUUACUCUCCUGAAGAAUUUGAAACCUACGACCAGCCAGCUACUUCUAAAUCGAAUAAAGAGCUGCCGGAUAAACAAGAGCAGAGCCAAGAAACAAAUUCCAAAUAUACGAAGCAGCCGUUACAGAAUGUCGUUGACGAUGUAGCAACGGAUGAUCCAGCGACACGUCCAGAUGAAAUUAAAGCAACGAAUCUUCUGAGGGAGGAAGGGAAAGACCUCGGAAAAAUAUUGAAAAACUACGAAAAGGAGCUGGAAGCACUCAGACAAUUAACUCCUGACAAAACAGAAGAUGGCAUGUCAAUUUCAGACCUGAUUAACAAUUACGAAAACAGGUUCGAAAAUUUGGAACGCGAAAACAAGCUGUUAACGAAGAAGUUGGAUAACCUCGUUGAAACUAUCGGCCAAGACCUUUAUGAUGCGUUAGACAAUUUUCACCUUGAAAAAAGAGAAGGCGAUGCCAAAGACUAUACCAGUGACAGAGAGGUUGACAUAGAAGUGGUUAAUGUGAUGAAAAGGGAUGACAGAACCCUAGAGAACGUCGUUAAAAAUUAUGAAAAAGAGCUAAUUGCUUUGAGGAAACUGGUGCCUGUUGAACAAGGUGAAAGUGGCUCCAGAUCAGAUGUUAUCAAAGAGUACGAAGACAAACUGGAAGACCUUCAACAACGAAACGAGGAUCUCAGUAAGAACCUAGAUAGACUAGAGGAGAAAAUCGGAAGUAAUCUUUUCAAGGAUCUUAACAAAUCGCACCCAGAGGGAUAUGAUGUAGGAAGUACUUCUGACAAUGUUUGUUUCCAGCAGGAAGCAAAGCAGUCAGAAACUCAGUUAAGGUCAGGAACUCCAGAACUAAAGACCGAAAAGGAACUGACUUUAGAGGACAUAAUGGCUUCCCAGGAAAACGAUCUCAAAGACUUGUCAAAAGAAAACAAAGCAUUCAAAGAUGGACUUGGCCCGAGACUGGCAAAAAGUCUGUUGAAUGUGGCAGAGAAAAAGGAAAUGCCUCCCCUGAAGAAUUUGGACGCUCAGAGUCACGAAAGCAAUACGCAAGUCAACGAGGAACCAAUGGCUUCGACAUUACCAAAGAAAGGAAAGGGACGUAAAAAAGAACGUAUCGACAAAGGAAGUAUGGAGGACUUAACUAAAGUGUACGCCCAACCGUUUGACCAAACCAACAAUGAUGAGACAGAAGUUAGCACAGCUUCUCCACCUGGUGAUUUGAAAGCCGAGACCCUUAUUAGAAAUGAAGGCCGAACCAUAGAGAAUAUUCUAAAAAACUACGAAAAGGAACUCGAAACACUAACGCAACUAAUUCCCACUAAUGAUGGAAUCUCGAUUUCAGAAGUGGUCGCAAAGUACGAGGACUCUAUCGAAAGCCUGGAAAAUGAAAAGCAUCUUUUAGUCAACAGACUAGAUAAGAUAGAGCAGAAGAUUGGCCCGAAACUACUAAGCACAGUAGAGAAUGGAGAGCCAAAGGCGGACCCAAGAUUAAGAGACGAUACGGAUCAUGAAGACGAGAGUACAUUAAUGGCUCCAGGUAUUAUGCAAGAAGAGGAAAGAACCCUUGAAAAUGUAGUCAAAACAUACGAGAAGGAACUAGAUGCCUUGAGAAGUCUAUUUUCAAAUGAAGGAGAAGGACGUUCCAUUAACGAUAUGGUGAAGGCCUACGAAGAAAAACUCGACCAGCUUAGGGCCGUAAACGAGAGUUUGAGAAGUGAUUCAGAAAGAUUAGUAAGAAGAAUUGGACCCAAUCUUGCCAAUGACAUUAAGGAACUUGAAGAAACCAGCAAUGAUAUAAUUGAAGGUACUGAUCAAUCAGACGGAAAGUCAGAUUCGGAGACUGAAAAUCCGGUUAAAGAUUUAAAGGUCACUAAGAUUAUGGAUGUAAAGAAGUCAACUUUAGAAGAGGUAGUGGAAACAUACGAAAAUGCGCUUGGAAUUCUCCUGAGUGACUCGUCGUCUACCAUGGAUGAGUUAAACUCAGAGAAUUUUAUUGAUGAUCGAACAAGUACUAUCGAGGAACUAAAGCAAGAAAACGAAAUCCUUAAAAAUAGCCUUGGCGUUGCCCUCUCCCAAAGAUUAUUAGAUAUCACAAAAGACGACGAAGGUGCAACUCAGCAAAGUUCUUAUGAAAAAGAAGAAACAGCUGAAAUCUCGGCCGGAAACGCGGACAGUGAUUUCGACUUCAAAGAGUCCGUCAAUGUCUCUAAACAUUCACCUCAGGAAAGCAGUCAGAAAGAUGCCACGAGUCUGUUGUCGCCAGUUGAAUUGAAAGCUGAAAGUCUCGUCAAAGAAGAAGGGAGAACAAUAGAAAACAUCCUGAAAAGUUAUGAAAAAGAACUGGAUGCUCUGAAAUCACUGGUUUCUAACGAUUCGGGACAACCAAUUGACGCUAUUUCAAGUCUAGUGACAAAAUACGAGGACGAGAUAGACUUACUCAAAGAGGAGAAAAACAACAUGGCGGAGCGAUUAGAGUUUCUUGAGAGCAAAAUUGGCCCUGAUCUGAUGAACGACAUGGAAAAGCAAAAACAUUUGAAUACGAAGGACAACAAGGAAGUUUUGGUAGGUAUAAGAAGUGAGCUAAAGGCUCCAGCUAUCAUGGAAGAGGAGAACAAAACACUUAAAGCAGUUAUAAACUGUUACGAGAAGGAGCUUGAUGCUCUUCGCAAGCUAGCUCCUAACCAAAAGGAUGGUCAGCAAGUUUCUAUUUCGGACAUCAUCCAAGACUACGAAGAUAAAUUCGAUGAACUUAACGACAGAAAUAACGCACUAAAAAGUCAUUAUGAUGCCUUAACUGACAGACUUGGCAGCAAUCUAGUGAACGAUAUUCAGCGGCUAAGCGAGGAUGACAUUGAAAGGGAACCGUCUUUCAAGGACGAAAACGAAACUAAAGGAGAAAUGAAAACUGCUGGAACAGGAAAACAGCUUAAUGCGCCAAAAAUCAUGCAGGAAAACAAUUCAACGCUUGAAAAUAUUCUUGAAAUAUAUGAAGAGGCCCUCGGGUUUAAUUUCGACAGCACGGAUUCACCCAGUGAAGACACACAAAAAGCCAAAGUCCCUAACAACCAGUUGGAAACAUUCAAGAAGCUUCAAGAGGAAAACAAAAUCUUUAAAAACACUCUGGGAGAACAAUUGGCCGAAAGCAUACUGGAGAUGGCGAAGGCGAAAGAACUUGAAGCUUUGGGCCAUGAUGGCGACUCUAUGCAGGGUAAAGAUGCCGGGCAUCAUGAUACCGUCUCCGAGUUGGCACAAGACAGGAGGCCUUUUGAUAGGGAGGUGCCUACUUCAUGGGAUAACUUGACAGCAAAUGCAUUAAUGAGAGACAAAGGAAGCACGGUAGAAGACGUCUUGAAGAGUUACGAAACUGAAAUAGACGUUCUCUCUAAGCUAAUUCCAAGUGAGACAGAGUUGGGCUAUUCAAUAUCAGACCUUGUUAGAGACUACGAGGAAAGGAUUGAAGGCUUGAAAUCAGCGAGCUGUAGCUUACAAAACAGGUUGGAAAACCUUACACUGAAAAUUGGCCAAGAUCUUGUCACUGACUUGGAAAGCCCAGCGUCCGCAAAGAAAAGAGACGAGGAUGGCUUAAAGGCAACAAAAGUUGUGCAGAAAGAAGGUAAAACUUUAGAGGACAUUGUAAGAAAUUAUGAAAAGGAACUCGACGCCCUUAGAAAGAUUGCUGCAGAGCAAGGAGAAAACCCAUACACCAUCGCCGAUAUGGUGCAGGAAUAUCAUGACAAAGUCGAGGGAUUAAAAAGGGAGAAUGAAAGCUUCAAGAAUGAAUUUGGAGUUCUGAAACAAAGAAUUGGCUCUGACUUGAUAGAAGACGUUACAUCAAUAAAGAGUGAUGUAAAGAAAGAUGAUUCUAAUGAAGACAUGGAAGCCCAAACUUUCAACAAUCAAUCAAAGCUAAAAGCCCCAAGAAUCAUGCAGGAAAAGAACGUCACUUUGGAAGAUGUUCUGCAGUCAUACGAAACGGCUUUGUCGACUGCUCCCGGUGAAGAUGUGAUGUCAAAAGUACGUGACAUUUUGGACGAUAAAACAAUCGAAAAUCUGCAGCGAGAAAAUAAAGUGUUAAGAGAUACACUUGGCGAUAGCUUGGCGCAAAGACUAUUAGAAGUUAACAAAAUGAAAGACGUUACUGGUUCAAAACAAUCCGAUGAUUUUAAGAGUCCUACCAUAGCGUUGGUCAAAGAUAAAGGAGCAACGAAUACUGCCGGAGAGACUGAAUACCCAUCUCCUGAAGUAUUGACAAGUGAACUGAAAGCAACGGCACUGAUAACAGACGAAGGAAGAACGAUAGAAAAUGUUCUUCGAAACUAUGAGUGGGAACUUGAAGCCCUUAGAACUGAUCGCAAAGAAGCUGAAUCGAGGCCUUCAGAUAAUACAAAACACGGUGAUAAAAGUUUGGAAUUGGUAAAUUUGGAAAGUUUUAAAGGUAAACAAGAUGCCGUUGCUGACAGGGUAGGCAGCCCUAUGACAAGUGCUUCUGAAAGAGAAAGUCAACGUUCCGAAGAGAAAGAUAUUUUAAAAGAAAAAGUUGGAGUUGACCUUAUAAACGAAUUGUUGCUACUCAGUGAGACCGACUCAGGAACAAAACGAAGAUGGGAAGCAGUUGAAAAAAUGAAGGAGGAGGAAAAGACUCUAGCUGACAUUUUAGACACCUAUGAACAGGAGUUAGAGAGAUUGAAAAGAGAAAAGAAUUCCAUGGAGGUUCUAGUGAAUGACAAUGAAAGCGACGACCAGUCUGCUCUUGACAUCAUUUCGCAAUACGAGGAUGAAAUUGAACAUCUAAAGGAUAAAAAUAAAGAACUCGAGGCGAGAUUGUCGGUUCUGAUUGCACGAAUAGGUGAUAACCUUGUAAAUGAUGUUGUCAGCAUUCACUAUCAUCAGACAAGAACGCCUAGGUCCCCGUUGAAGGCUCUUAAAAUAAUGGAAAAGGAGGAGAAGCAACUUUCAGCCAUUUUAGAGCAAUAUGAAAAUGACAUUAGCAAAUUGACAAGGGAGAAUGAAAUGCUUAAUGCUAUUGCGAGCAAAGAAAGCGCGGACGGGAAGUUGUUAACAAAUCUUGUUUCGGAAUACGAGCAGAAGAUUCAAGAACUGCUAGAUGACAAACGUAAGACAGAAGCCGACCUCAGGGUAUUGUGUGAGAAAGUGGGAGGAUCUUUAGCAAGUGCAAUUCUAAGACCAGGUGAAAAGGGACAGACAACACCGCUAGAUGCCCUUCAUAUUAUGGAAAAUGAGAGAAAAACUCUCGCUGAGGUCACAGAACAAUACCAAACUGAUCUUGCAAGGAUGAAGAGAGAAAUCGGCGCAUUGAAAGGCCUUGUUUCAGAAGACUUAGAAAAGUCUUCGUUUAUGGACAGAAUAUCAAAGUACGAAGAUGAGAUCUCAAAAUUAAAUGACAAAAUACGAGAACAAGCUCUGCUGGAAAAGAAGGUGGGCAUAGAUUUGUCAAGACAGCUGACAACGUUGGACGAAAAUGUAAGCGAAAGGCUGGAAGAUUUCCCAUUCAAAGCCAUUGAAAUGCUGGAGAAACACAAAGACACGACACUCGCGGAUGUCCUAAAAGAUUACGAGGAAGAACUGGAAAAGAAGGAGCAUGAAAUAUUGACACUUAAGGAACUGGUGUCAGGUGACAUCCUGGAGAUAGCAACAUCCCAAGAACGUGAAAUAGAUGAACUCAAGAAGGUAAAAGCAAUUCUUGCCAAUGAACUGGACUUGAUAUCUGGUAGAGUUGGGAGAGAACUAACUGACGAAAUAAUGAAAAGGCAACAUCAACUGCCGAAACCAGAAGUAAACCAGUUUUAUCUUGAAAUUGUGGAAAGAAUGGAAGCCGAAGCAAAGCCCCUGGCUGAUAUUCUUGAACACUAUGGAAAGGAAAUAAGGCUGAUGCGUAGCAGAAACGAGGAACUGAGCAACAGGGAAAAUAAUUUUGCAGAGGUUUCCGAGAAAAUUGGGAAAGAUCUUGUGAAUGAGCUUUUAAAAGGGGAUUUACCCGAGGGUUCUCAAACCGACACUAAACCUCCAUUUCAAGCCUUAGAGUUGAUGUCUAUAGAAGAGAAAACGUUGGGCGAAGUUAUUUUUAACUACGAAAACGAACUGGAAAAACUGAAAAGGGAAAACGGGGCCCUUCGCCUGUUUACAGAGAAGGGAAACUCCCAAGAUAAUUCAGUCCUUGAUAUUUUAUCCAACUAUGAGGAGAAAAUCGAAGAACUAACAGAGGAGAACAGAGAGUUCAAUAAGAGACUGCAGGAAAUUUCUGAAAAGGUAGGACCUGAAUUGACAAAUGAAUUGCUCAAACUGCCGGAUGAACAGAACAAAUCUUCAGCGGAACCUGUAAAUGAGUUACAAGCAUUGAAAACAGUCAGCGAAGGCCAAACCACACUAGCCCAUGUGCUGCAGAACUAUGAGAGGAGACUAAGAGAAGGUGAGGAGAAUGACCUCGGUCCUUUAGUUUCGGGAAAGCCUAUCACAGAGGAUAUAAAGUAUGCAGAGCUUGUUCGUGUCAGUGAAAGCGAGCCCGAAAUUACUGUUUCAGAAGACGAGCCACUUGAAAAAUGCAGAUACCUACAAGGAGGUGUUUUGAAUGAAAUUGAUUCUGAUUUGUACCGGUCUGUUGACUCUAAAGAAAUUUCACCGGCAGAUCAAGAGCAAAUUAAAAACUUUGUCGAUGUUAACACAACAUUACGCAACAAAGUAGAAAGAUUAUCCAGGAAAGUAGGCAGAGAACUUGCAGAGGAACUGAUGAGGCCACCAGAAGAUAAAGACGAUGAAUACAAUGCAGCAGUCAAGUUCUCUUCGGUACGGGACCUUGAUGCUUUUGAUGACGUAGUCACAGAAAGAGCGACAUUAGCCCAGGUAUUGGAAAGCUAUGAAAAACAAUUGAAGCGAACUUUGCAAAACGAGAAAGCUGAUCCUGGUAAACCUCUUGUCGAAGGUCGCAUUUUGAAUGAGGACAUUAAGCGUGCCCAAUUGCUGCGCGCCAAUGAAUACGAACUGACAGCUUUGACUAUGCCUAGUGAUCAGUGUUCUGUUGAGGAGAAUAUUUAUGAUAUUCGUGAGGGGGAGGUCGUUAGCGAAUACAAGCUUCCCAGUGCUGAUUCCAACUUGGUACAGGAUGAAGAAGGCACAGCUGCUGCAAGCAAAAGUGCUGGAAGGAGUGAGACCGAUGGUCGUAUAGUCCCAAUUGAUCUGGAUCUAGCGGCUUUAGAGGAUCUUAUUUGGGACAAACCACAAACCAUGAUACCUCCUAAAGAAUCAUUCAUGGAAUCAGAAUCAUGCAAGGAUCAGGAAAUAGUCCAAGAAGAAAUCAUAAGAGUAGAGAUUCCCGUGCGUGAAGAGCAUUUCCAUUCCGAGUACAUGGAAGAACUCUUUGGCAGUGAUUUUCCAGUAGUAAAGCAAGAGGACCAAUGCGAAGAACCAGAUUCAAAGUGGGCUGAAAUGUACUUGAACGAAAAACCAUCAGAGGCAAGUGAAAGUGAUAACUACGAGUUGGAGAGUCUGAAGAACAAGGUCAACGAACUAGAAAAAGAACUUGAGGAAGAGAAACAUUUGAAAGAAAAGUAUGAGAAAGAUGUUCAGGAUCUGCUACAGGACAUUGUUGACCUCAAGAUGAAACAAGCAGCCGACGAUGACGACGAAACGCCAGAGGAUGCGCGCAAUAGGAUACAAGAAGAGAUCGAGUUAAAACAGGACCACAAACGACUUCAGGAGGACUUAAGGAAGGAAAAGAAGAGAAGACUUUCCAUAGAGGAAAGCAAAAAGGAUUUGCUAGAUGAAGUAGAUAGCUUGAUGAGAGAAAAAGAAAUGCUUCUAAAGCAACAAAAUGAUGCGAAAGAUGGUGAAAAACUAUUAGAAGACAUGAUCAAUUUAAGGAAGAAACUUGGAGAACUAGACACAGAAAACAGGCAUUUAAAUAAGGAGGUCAAAGAGCUGAAAGAAGCGUUGAGCGAAGUGUUGGUUAAUCACGAUGACGAGAAAAACAAAUUAUUGGCGGAUUGUGAGAAAGAAAAGUCGCAGAUGAUGGAAGAGCUGAUGGCUUCAAAACUUGAACUCGAGACUCAGCUACAAGAGCUGCUGGGAAUGAAUGACGAUCUUAAAGGAACAAUCAAAAGCCUUCAGGAAGAGCUGAAGGAAUCAAGUGAAAAGUUAUCCAUGGAAGGAGAAACUCCAACCGAAAGCGAAUCCAAAAGUGCCGAAAUCAACAACAAUGAGGAAACCACUAUUUUCUUGGUGCAGAAAUUAAAACUGUUGGAGAAAGAAGCAAACGAAUACGAAAGAAAUCUUCUGUACGAAAGAGAUAAAAAUGAGAAAUUGAAAGAACAACUUGACGGAACAGAAAAUGCAUUUAAGCAGACGUUGACCAAGUAUCAAGACGAAAUCAAAUCCAUAGAGACAGAGAAAGCAAAGCAAGAGGAUGAACUGCGGAAAGAAAUUGAAAUUCUUGCUAACAAGCUUCAGUUAGAAAAAGAGUCAGCUGAGCAGCAACGAAUAGACUUGGAAAACAUUGUUCAAAGAGAAAGGGAGCGUUUGAAAGAAGAUAUAGAGACAGAACACGAACGGGAGAAGAAGAGAUUAAAGUAUGAAUUUGAAGAUAAAGAAGAGGAACUCAGUAGGCAGGGAAGGAGACGUUCAGCAGAAUUGAAAGACCAAGAGGAGCAGUGGACGAAGGAAAGAGAAGAACUACAAGUAAUCUUCCGAGCCGAGAAAGAAAAACUACAAAAAGCGUUCGACGAUGAAUUGAACAGAAAAAUAACUGAAAAUGACGAGCAGCACAAACAAAAGAAUGAAGAAAUCACAAUGGAAAUGAAUCAAAAGUUUGCUAAAGAAAAAAUGGAAAUCACGGCAACCAUCGAGAAAAAGAUUUAUGAACAGUUACUUGAUAAAAAUAUAACUGCGGAAACUGACUUUCAAGAAGUUCUUUCUAAAAUUUUGCAGGAACAUGCCAAAGAGAUCGAAGGCGUGGAGAACGAUAUACGGAAAGCUGAGGAAAGGUUUAAAGAAGACAAAAACAAGCUGAUUGAACAAAAUGAUAGUGAAAAAGGAGCUUUAAAGAAAUUAUACGAAGACGAAAAGAAGGCCCUCGAAUCCACAAUUCAAAACCUUUUAAAAGAAGUCGUUAAACUAAAGCAACAACGAAAAGAAAUUAGAAUGAUUCACAAAAAGGAGAAAGAAACUAUGGAAGAGAUUUACGAGCGGGAUCGAAUAAAGUUUAAGGACGACUGGGAACAGUACAAGAGAGAUUUGCUGGGCAAACUUCAAGAGGACUUUGACAACAAAUUGGCAAGCGAGACGACGAAGCUUGAGACGAAGCUAGAAGAGAUGAAACAAGAGCUGGGCCAAUCGGAACAGAGGAGAAAAGAACUAGAGGAACGUUUGAAAGGAAAUGCCCUCGAUAAUGAACGUGCUAGAGCCUACGAAGAAGCCAAGGGUGACAAAAUUGACAAAGAUGAUGAGGUGCAUGCAAGGGAGCUAAAAGCUGUGAAGAAAAGCUUAGAGGAGGAAUAUGACAGCAAGCUUAAAGAGGAAAAACGUAAGUUUGAAGAAACGUUGCAAGGCUUAAGGCGUGAGAUUGGAAACCUGCAAGAAAAGCGUAGGCUCAUUCAAGACAAGAUCUACAACCAGGACCCUACUCUCGUGGACAGAAAUUUAAUAGAGAAGAGCAUUGCGAAUUACAAAACGGAAAUACUGUCUAAAAUGGAGGAAGAAGUUUCACAAAAAAUAGCUCGCGAGAAGAAGCCUCUGGAAGAGACUAUAAAAGAACAACAGAUAGAAAUCGAUGAUUUAAAAAAACAACGCUGGGAGUUGCGGAACCAGAUAAGGCGGGAGCGAUCCAAACUAGAGGAAGAGCUUGAUCUUGAGCGAGAAAGAAUGGAAAAUCAGUUCUUAAGGGAAAAAGAAGAGUUGAAAAACAAGCUUGAGACUAGAUUGCAAAGAGAUAUGACAAAAAGAGCCAUGGAAGACAAAGUAAACAGAGCCCUUAGUCCGAUUUCAAACGAGUCACCUUAUAGUCCACAAGACUCACCACGAAGACUUAGAUCCGAGAACAUGACCCUCAGAGACGACAAUCAACGCCUUGAAUUACAGGUCAGACAACUGACUGGCAAACUUGAGGCGUUGGAGUCCAGUUUUGAAGGAAUCAUGUCUUCAGAGAAGAUCAAGGUUGAAAAGAUGAAACAAAUUCAAGCAAAAAUGCCAAAGAAGGUCACCUUCUCAGAGGAAGUAGAGACAAGGACGAUGGAUCACACGGCAGGUGAUCCAAACGAGACUGUACUACAUGAACUGCGACGAAGGGACAAUCAAGUCAGGCAAUUAUUGGAACAAAAACAGUUUUACGAGGAGGUCCUGUCUGAACUCUGCGAAGAAGCCGGACUCUUCGAGCUUGAUCAAAACGUUGUAAUUUAAACAUACGAUCAUUUUAUUGAUUUUAUCAUUAAUUUAUCGAAUUUAUCUUUAAAAUCAUUGGCAAACUUACAAUAAGUUUAAAUGCACAUUUAUAGUUUUAAUUACAAUUUUAGCUACAAGUAAUGUUGGCUUAUAUACUUAUCUACUUAUUUAUUCAGCCAGAUAUUAAAACAGGAGAGUUCGAAUUCAGUAUAGCUGGUUUUUAAUAGUUUCGGAGCCCAGCAUUAUCGCUUGCUGCAACGACUUUUCCCUUCAUAUGAAGUUGAAUAUGACAGCGAAAUCACAAAACACGUUUACCUAAAAAAAAAUGGUCAUGAUGUAAAAACUUAAUUUAACUAUCCCUAUACAUUUAAAGAAAGAUAUAUAUUUUUGCGUCGACCAUACUGAUUUCGCAGCGUUUUACAGACUAGAUUUGGCUCAAGGACUGCGCAAAUCGUUAGACGUGUUUCCCUUUGCUAGUUUCAUUAAUCUAAGCAUUAAGUACUUAAGCUUUUUUCCAAAAGGAAACCGUGAAGACAGACUUCCUCGUUUGAGUCACCAAUAUUAUGUACUGUGCACUUGUGGGAAUGACGUCUUUGCAUACAUAGAUCGAACUUUCAUAAUGUAAUAUUUACGCACCGUAAAACAGUUUACUGAAUACAUGGCAUCAUAAUUUAAUUCACGCCCCAGUGAGGAGAACGUUUUUUAAGGGCAAUUAAAGUGUCUGGAUAAUGUAUGAUAAAAUACGUUAGUAAUAACGUCUCAAAUGUAUGAUAACAUUUGUCAGUAACACCGCUUCAAAAUUAUAGCACCAUUAUAGCAUUUUAAAAUAUAGCGUAUAACUACGCAAAAUAUAAAUACAUGUACUUGAAAUGGACUAAGUACUUGAAAAAGACAUUUGUAACACAUAUAUCAGGGUUACUCGCUCAAGAGAGAGAAUCAGUCUAAAGAUCUGCAAUUUUUGCAAGGCAUAAGGGUUUCAUUCUGGGAAUGAAAUAAAUGUUAAUGAUGACAGCAUGGAGGAGACAUUCUUUCCAAAAUUAUCGCGAUCUCGCACACACAUGCAUUGAGAAUUCAACAUGUGGAUAUUGAACCUACUGCUACACGUUGUAAAUGUAACCUACUAGAGUAAGAAAAUAAAUGUAAGCAUUUUUGAUUGA